AUGAAAUUAAUAAGUAAAACGUUUAUCAAAGGUGGCGGCGGCCACAUAACUCUGAUGCCAGAGGAAGCUGAGGAUAUGUGGCACAUUUUCAAUCUCAUACGUGUAGGGGAUAUCGUAAAGAGUCAAACAGUUAGAAAGGUCAUUAAUGAGUCAUCAACUGGCUCUGUAACUAGUCAACGAAUGACCACAACACUAACAGUCCAAGUAGAAGCUAUAGAUUUCGAUCCUGGAGCAGAAGCCUUGCAUUUAAAGGGCAAAACUGUAAAAGAAAAUGAUCACGUGAAGAUGGGGUCGUAUCAUACUUUAGACUUAGAGCCGAAUCGAAAGUUCACUUUGGAGAAAACAGAAUGGGAUAUAAUUGAUUUAGAAAGAAUUGAAGUAGCUUUCGAUCCAGCACAACAAGCUGAUAUUGCUGCCGUGGUGUUACACGAAGGGAUGGCAAACUUAUGUCUCGUAACCCCUGCGAUGACUUUAGUUAAAGCGAAAAUUGAUAUGCAGAUUCCCCGCAAACGAAAAGGCUUCACUGCACAACACGAAAAGGGAUUACAGAAGUUUUACGAUGCCAUAGCUUCAGCAUUUUUACGACACGUAAAUUUCCAGAUCGUGAAGUGUGUGUUGAUAGCAGGUAGAGGGUUUACAAAUGAACAAUUCUAUAAUCAUCUACUACGAUAUGCUGAGCAGCAAGGAAAGAAGAUCACAACGGAGCAAAGGUCGAAGUUUAUACUGACUCAUGCUAGUAGUGGAUACAAACAUGCACUGAAGGAAGUUCUGGAAGACAAAGAUAUAGCCCUGAGACUUUGUGAUACGAAGGCUCAAUCAGAGGUCAAAGCUUUGAACACAUUCCACGAGUUGAUGAGUGUUGACCCCGAUAAAGCCUAUUAUGGAUAUAAGCAUGUGAAACGAGCUAACGAUGAUUUGGCUAUUGAAACUCUCAUGCUAUCAGAUUCUCUCUUCCGAUCCAACGAUAUAGAGACUCGUAAAAAUUAUGUUGGUCUGGUUGAGAGUGUUCGUGAACAGAAUGGAACUGUUUUGAUAUUCUCCUCUAUGCAUGUAUCAGGAGAGCAAUUGAGUCUACUUACCGGAUGUGCCGCUAUCCUCCGGUUCCCUAUGCCAGAAAUUGAAGAUGUAGAACUGAGUGAUAGUGACGAUGAGGCGGAAGAAUAA